UUUAAAAAAUACUUUGUACUAUAUUGUUUACGAUAUCAAAAUCUAUUUUUUAUUUCAUCAAAAAAUUAUAAGAAAUUGUAAAAUGCGUUGGCAAAUUUAUUGUGUUUUUAUGUUUGUUUAUGUAUCUUCGUCAUACAUACCAAUAAGUAAAUGUGAAAAUUCUAGACAUAAUCGUAUUAAAAAAUUUCUCAAAAAAACUCAAUAUAAAUGGAAUAAACAAGGCAAAAAACAGAUUAGAGAAGUUUUAUUCAAAACGAAUAAUGAAAUUUCUAUUGAAGAAAUAAGAACUGUUGAGGUGAAUUAUAAGAUACCAAAAGAAAUAGAGCCAAUAAUUCAGCAAAUUACGCCAGAUUCAAACAAACUUUAUUUAAUAUACAAUGUUUGGAAACAAUUGGAAAAGAUUAAUGACAUGGACACAACAAAUAUAAUAGGGAAACUGAAAAAAUUCAAUGAUACUGAAUAUAUGAGCCUUAGAAAUUUCAUACAAAUUUUGACUGAUAAAUAUUUCAAAAUUCCAAAACGAAUAGUGUUUUUGUUUAACGAUUUCCUUGUAAGAUUUCAUGAGAUAGAUACGUCAAAUAGUGGACUCAUAUCUAAAGAAGAUUUUUCAAGUGUCAUAAAAGCAGUUCUCAAGAAUAGAGACAUAAUAGAACAUGUAUUAAAACCUUUAGAAAAUGUAGAAAAUCUGAAUUAUGAAGCAUGGUUAUUAAAGAAAAGAGAAAUAUCAGAAUGUAUAUCGAAAAUUGAGACAUAUGACAUUGAUAUAAGUGAAUUUGAGACGACAGAUGAAGACGAGAGUAGUGAUGAUUACGAUGAUGAUAACGAUGAAAAAUUAGUUACAACAGUUUGUUUUUUUAACUACAAAACUGUUUAAGGCUUAUAAACAAAUAAUAAAUAAUUAUCAAUAUGAA